CAGACACACUGAGCUUUUGCUUAUCUGUUCUGUCGCGUCUUUACUAACGGGACAAGUUUAAACCUCCUGGAUACCUCUGGUUCCUCUGCGCUUUUUUGUCGCUUCCAUGUGAACAACUCCACUCGGACUGAGGCUGUUUUUAUUACUGCUGAAAGGAUGAUCAUGACGAUAAUGGGAGGAGGCCGCGGCCGAAGGUGCUGCCCUCGCUAGAAUCCUAAUUCCCCCUCAAGUCACCCCUCCGCCAUCACCCACAACUGCUGUUUAUCCCUCCGGCACCAUGGCAAACCACCUGGAGCUGAUCCAAGAGCUGCAGCAGCUGGACAAGGUGCCCAGCCUGGAAAGGCUACGGGCGGCCCAGAAGAGGCGAACCCAGCAGCUGAAGAGGUGGGCUGUGUAUGAGAAGGAGAUGCAAAACAAGAAGCGAAAGGCAGACAAGAAGGGACGCAAUGCCAACAACCUCCAGCAACCAGAGUUGAAGAGGCAUGUGUCGUUUGCUGCCAGUGUGGCUCUUCUGGAGGCAUCGGCCAGGAAUGAUCCAGAUGAAGUUCGUUACCUGCUGAAGAACAAUGUGAGUCCAGACCUCUGCAAUGAAGAUGGUCUGACCGCUCUGCAUCAGUGUUGUAUAGACAACUAUGAGGAGAUGGUGAAGAUCCUGCUAGACCGAGGAGCCAGUGUUAAUGCUCAGGAUAAUGAACUAUGGACACCGCUGCAUGCUGCUGCUACCUGCGGCCACGCGGGACUUGUCAAAAUUCUCAUUGCACAUGGUGCAGAUCUGCUGGCAGUCAACUCUGAUGGGAACAUGCCCUACGACCUGUGUGAAGACGAUCCAACACUGGACAUCAUCGAGACAGCCAUGGCCAACAGAGGCAUCACCCAGGAGAUGAUCAACGAGACACGAGCAUCAACGGAGAGGAGGAUGCUGGGAGACAUUCAGGAACUGACGAGACAAGGAGAGGAGGUCAACCAGCCUGACUCUCAGGGAGCCACACUGCUCCACAUCGCAGCAGCAAAUGGCUACGUGCAGGCUGCAGAGCUGCUGCUGGAGGGGGGAGCUCGCAUGGACCUGAGAGAUUCAGAUGGAUGGCAGCCUCUUCAUGCUGCAGCAUGCUGGGGUCAGAUGCAUGUGGCAGAGCUGCUGGUGUCUCAUGGAGCCAGUCUCAAUGCCAAGACCUUCCUCGAGGAGACUCCCAUUGAUUUGUGUGAGGAUGAGGAGUUCAGAGCCAUCCUACUGGAUCUGAAACACAAACACGACAUUAUCAUGAAGUCACAGCUCAAACACAAAACCUCACUGUGUAGGCGAACAUCCAGUGCAGGAAGUCGUGGAAAAGUGGUGCGGCGAGCUAGUCUGUCGGACAGACACAACUUAUGUCGUAAAGAGUACGAGACAGAGGCCAUCGUGUGGAGGGGAGGAAGGGAGGAGGAGGACGAGAAGGAAAAGGAGUCCGAUCAGGAGAAUAAUCAAGUGGUUAAUGUCAAGCCAGUUGUAGCUGUAGAGCUGCCAGACAAGUCCAAGCUGCCCACCAUCCUCAAAGACGGCAACAACAAACAGAACGGCCUCAUCUCCACGACGACGUCCGUGCCACCACAGCCGCCCUCUAAUGGCAACACGCCAUCGUCCACUAAGGGCGGUGUCGUCACCACCCAGCCUGUCCCGGAGGAAGCCUGGCCAAGAGAGCGCGCUCAGACUCUGUCGGAGCUGAAGAAACAGAGGGCCGCCGCCAAAUUGUUGAAUCACCCCUUGUUCAAUGGUCACCUUGGUAAUGGCUCCACAGACUCCUUCACUGAUGCCAAAAGCAACUUGGAGGACCCUCGAAUGCCGCUGGUCUCCUCCAAUGGCAAUGCAGUUUACUACACGCCAGCCAGUGGCGACCCGCCCCUCCUCAAACUGAAACAGCCUCUAGAAGAAGAGCAGCCGAAGGCACGGACCUGCUGCUGCGUGUCAUAGCACCGUGAUCAUGUGACUGGUGACAGAACAGGAAAUUCUUGCACAGAGGGAAGCGUUCUAUAGAAGGGAGGAGAGGAAGGAAAUAGGGAGUAUUACCGUCUUUUAACAUCCUGUUCCUACCCGACUGUAAACUUCUUCCAGAGAAGAUGGAAAACCUGAAGAAGGCUGAAAAACUUCUCCUUGUACCUCCAUGUCACAUGACUCCUGCUACACUUGGAGACGCCCUACCUAAAUGCAGGCAUGUUUAAAGUGUAGCAGAGAAAAGGAAAGGAACUGAGCAGUGCCACUUUGUUGCUACUUGGAUAAAAUCACUUAUCAUGAGUGGAGUCUCUUUUCAGGACACGACAAAUGGAUAAAAACAACAAGCUGUUUCAGAGGCCCUACUGUCCCUGUGCACCUUUUUUAAGAAUCAAUAUGGGUAGUUUUUUGGAAGCUUUUCACCUGAGUGACAACAGGUGAAACAUCAAAAUCAGGAGAGUAGAGAAGAUUGCAAGGUACUGCAUGUUCAUGGGGAAAAAAGCUUUUUUUCACCCUACAAAUUGAUCAUUAUUACUCCAUUAAACAAUAUUUCCUCCAGGACAAACUCAAAUUGUUGUCAAACCGCAACAUUCUGCUGUUUCACCACCUUCUUGUCAUUUUUUUUAAAUCGGCAGGACGGCCAUCCUGGAGCGGUCCAGAUAUAUUGUAUUACACCAUGUAGUACUACAUGUAGCAAAAAGAAAUCUGUGACGACAUUUUUGAAACGCUGCCUGCAAACGUAAAGGGAAGGAAUGCCAUAAAACAGUGUUAAAAUAUUCAAGAAGUGUACUUCUACAGUGAGAGGUAACAGGAAAGAGUAAAAAAAGUACUGCACGAGUGUUUGAAACUGUCACUAUAUUCUGUCAACUAUACUUCACCUCACAGUCCUCUCAUAUCAAACCUAAACUGACAGGUCAUGCUUUGUGUUUUUUGUAUAAUCCACUUUGUGCUCACUCGUAUAGAUGAUUUAAGCAAACAUGGUUGAAAAUUACUGUACAUUUCUUUAUUUAUAAAAAUUUAUGUAAUGUAAAAAAAAAAAAAAAAAGAGUAAUGGUUCCGAAAGUUGAGUGUAUUUAUUAUUUGGAUGGUGUGUGGAGAGUGUGAAUGCAAUAUGAUGUUGAUGACUAGCUGGAAGAAUCUUUCCAGCCAAGCACCUUCUGACGUAGAAAAAUCGUUCAAAUGAUAGAGUGAAGUAAGGGUUACUGUCUGCUAUAUGUUCAUGUGAUUUUAAAAUACAAACCAUCCCAUUGGGAUGGAUUCAUAUUUGUGUCACUACAAAUAACAAUGUUAUUUGUUCAUGUUGUUUUCUUCCCCCUGGUGGCCAAUGUGGCUUCUCCCAGUCACUGUAUUUGUUUUAUUAACAGAAAUUGUAAAUGUGAUGUAAUGAAUUACUGUAAGUGUAGUUUUCAGAAGAUACACAAAAACGCAAUGCCUCAUUUAAAAAAAAAAAAAAAAAACCUCAGUCCUCACACGGAUUUGGUAUGUAGCGAGCCCAUACAAUUCUAUAAGGUAUCUUUGAUUGGAUCAUGUGUUCAACAGGAAAUAUACACUUGUCAGUCUGAAAACAAGUAGUUUCUCUGCUGAUGAAGAGAAUAGUUUGACAUUUUUGGAAAUCCCUAUUGACAGACUUGGAUGAGAAAGUCGAAAAUAUGCAUGUCCCUCAUGUUUUUACUCUUUAUGUUAAGCUAAGAUAACCAGCUGUAGCUUUAUAUUGAACAACGAUGAGCAUGAUUUAUUGUCAAGCUUCUCAUCCAACUCUUAACAAAUAAAUGAAAAAUCGGAUUUCCAAAAACAUCGAACUAUUCCUUCAGUCUAACAACAGCUUCUCUCAUCUUGUGAGUGCCAAAGAGUCUUCCGUGAGUUAAAAAAAAAAAAAAAAAAGAUUAUAUGGACAUUUCAAAAGUUUGGAGGAAGACUUUCUUUGCCGUUACAGAGAUUUGUUUGUGUCUGAUGACCAACCCUUUUGACAAUAUGAUUUCCCACGAUGCCAUUCUGUCACACUCGACCCCCACAUCAACUGUACAGUGUCAAAUAUUUGUACAGAUGAGUUUGUAAAUAUGUUUGUAUUAGUAUCCCUUUCUCUGUUCCCAUGACUUGCAUUUACAUGUGUGUGUUGUUACUGUUGAGAAACAUAUAGGAAGAUACAGUUACCCAUACUGAUGAACAGUGUAAGCAGACUUUUGGUUGCAAAGGGGGGAAACUGUGAGAUGGCACAGACCCCCUGCAAAGUCCUGUACACCCAGGUGUCUUUCCUCCCUACUGUUCAGAAGCCAGUCUCUGUUCUUCAUUCAAAACUGAACAAUGAAAUAUUUCUAUACAAAAAGGAAACAGUUCUCUUUUUUUUUUUUAGCUCAAUUUGAGGAAGUACAAAUUAAGUCGAAGUGUUUGCCAUUUCCCAAUUAGAUUUUUUUCUCUACUUUGUAGGAACUAAGGCAGUGACAUCAUCUUAUGAGACAGCUGAAAUUUACAUUCGAGCUGGUGCAAGCUAUUUAAAUUCAACUCUGUUUCCUUAUUAAUGAAGUUCAAUCAAACUGAAUUGUAACUUUGAACUAGAACCUGGUUAGCAUAAUUCAGAAAAGGAAGAGUCGCCUGUUUAAAAAGUAGCCUGUGUUGUCAUGUUAUACAUAGAUCAAGGCUCGCGUUUGACUGCAAGCCUCGUUGUCUAUACAGAUAAGAUUAUACAAACAGAAAACUACUGAUUUUGUUAUUACUGGAAUAUAUUGAUGGUUGCAUUAACAUAUUUUGAAUAAAUUGUAUAUUUUGAGAAUUUUAAA